UCCAGAGUCAGUGAGAUCGCGAGAACACGGAGCUCCACGAGGUCCCGCAGCGCUCCUGUAUCUGAAGAGCUCCGACAGUCACAGAGGAGACCUGCUGGAUCUCAGAGACCAGGACCAAGAGCGGGAUGGAGGAGGACAACCAGGACCCGGAGCCCCGGAGCAACAACGUCCCCGGAGGACAAACAGCAGGCUCGAGCUCUGAUAGCACCGAUGUUCAGAAACAGAGACGAAGAGAGGGACUCAAACGUCACCGCUGUCAGUACUGUGACAAAUCCUUCACAACAUCUGGAUAUUUAAAGAUUCAUCAGAGAGUUCACACUGGAGAGAAACCGUACAGCUGUGAGCAGUGCGGGAAAGUUUUCACUAGAUCAGGUGACCUAAAAAUCCACUGCCGUGUUCACACUGGAGAGAAACCGUACAGCUGUGACCAAUGUGGGAAAGCUUUUUCGCAAUCAUUUCACCUACAAAUCCACAGACAUGUUCACACUGGAGAGAAACCGUACAACUGUGGCCAGUGUGGGAAAUCUUUCACUAGAUCUGGUAGCCUUAAAACACACCUUCGACAUGUUCACGAUGGAGAGAAACUGUACAGCUGUGACUUAUGUGGGAAAGAUUUCACUACAUCAAACUAUCUGAAGGUCCAUCGUCGUGUUCACACUGGAGAGAAACCGUACAGCUGUGACCAGUGUGGGAAAGCUUUCACUAGAUCAAGUGGCCUAAAAAUCCACCAACGUGUUCACACUGGAGUGAAACCAUACAGGUGUGACAUAUGUGGGAAAACUUUCACUACAUCAGGUCACCUAGAUAUCCAUCGACGUGUUCACAGUGGAGAGAAACCGUACAGCUGCGACCAAUGUGGAAAAGCUUUCACCUCAUCAAGCUAUCUUAAUACCCACCGUCGUGUUCACACUGGACAGAAACCGUACUGGUGUGAACACUGCGGGAAAACCUAUGCCCGGAAAGGUUCCCUUAUAGUUCACCAACGGAUUCAUGGUGCGCCGCUUUGAACAUUUCAGAGCCGAACACAUGCCGUAGACGUGAAAGUUCUUCAAAACUUCGAGACACAACAAUUUCCACCUGCAGAGAAACACACAGAGACAAUAAAGGAAAGU